AUGGAUUCGUCUUCGAGAGCCUAUCAGAAGGCUCCGGCUCACCCUCGAACCGCAUCUCGAACUUCCAACAGGUCGUCAUCCUCACACGCCCGAACGGCGUCUCAGGGCGUCAGGAGUCCUGCUCCUCACUUUGUACCUGCCCCCCAAUUCUCCGACCAUCCGACACAUCGAUUCCACCAUAGCCCCUGCAACAAGCCUUUGCUGUCGCCUCGAUCUACUCCCAGGAACACCCCUCCGCCCAUUCGAGAGGGUAGCGUCGAACCAACCCGCACGCAAGCCGUCUCGAGUUUCCUGCAGGAGAAGCUGCAGCGGGAACGCAGGGCUGAGAGCGACAAGUUCAGUCAGAGCUCCCUGUCGAGAGUCAACGAGGAUCUCGGCGCGUCAGUCGAGCUCGGUCGUGUUAGCUCUCCCAGGAGGAGGUCUGUGGCGGCCUCAUCGGAUGGAUCGCGGCCCAAGUCAAGUGGUGGCAGCGGCAUCGAGCUCGCCAAGAAACCAGGACUGGGCGUCAAAGACAUGGAACAUGUCAUCUCCAGCCUCCACAAGCAAAACUUCGACCUGAAGCUCGAAUUAUACCAUCGCCGCGAAAAGCAGUCAUUGCUGGAAACGAGCAUCGAGAAUCUGGAACGAGACAAGCGCCAAACCGAGGAGAUGAACGAGACCCUGCUUGACGAGCUUGAGAAGCGCGACAAGGCCGUCGAGGAGGCCGUUGCUAUGAUUGUCAUGCUCGAGGCAAAGGUGGAUCAGCUGGUCCAGGAGCGCAACAUGGUCAUGCAGGUUGAGCAGGAGGGCUACUUCUGCCCCCAAGACAUGGACCAGAAAUACAUGCGUCCAACCCUCCAAGUCCCCAGCGACGACGCAAGCAGGCGAAGCGAGACUUUCAAAUCCAUCAACCGCGUGCCGAGCUUCCUGUCCGAAAAGAGCGAAAACACAGAAAACCUGCGCAGUGUCUAUCUGGGAGUCAAAGGCAGUGCGCUCAGCCUCGCGCGCGUUACCGAGGGAGCCCCCGAUGCGGAUAACGGCCCGUCUAACGGCCCGGGCAGCCCGACGUUGAGCGUCCUUAGCGAGAGUUCCUUUGCGAGCGUCUACGGCAAAAAGAGCCAGGACAGCAUCUUCCCGCCGCCCGUCGACCAGCCCCUCAGCCUGGAUAGUGCCGAUGCCGAUGUGCAGAGCUUGUCCACGGGCCGCCGAGAUGCAACCAGGAAAUCCUCCCUGUCUGGAUAUCCGCCCCGAGCGGCCAGCGCUAACCACUUUGUCGGCGGAAGCCGCUCCUCGUUGGGCGCCCGCCAUUCCGUCUCGGGCGCGGUGGACCAAGUGUCCCCCCUGCAGCAGAUUGAGAAGCUGGGUAGAUCCCAGAGCGUGCUGCAGGAGGGCUUCCGUCCCGUCGCCAGCCAGGGCCGAGAUCGACGGCGCUCACAGCCGCCUCCCACCCUGCGCAAGGUCAUGACGGAUGGUCCUGGUAGCAUGCGGCUUCACGAUCCAAACUUCCCGCCCACCCCCGACACGAUAUCGACUUCGACGCUGCACCGGAUGCGCAACUCCAACGACUCCCUUGCCAAGCAGGACAGUCGGAAUGACAGAGCUUCGGUGGUGUACAGUGAUUCUGAUAGCCAGCCUCUCCAAGUCUCCUUCCGGAACAAGCCCAGCCACCUUCGCGGAGACGCAGACAAGUCGUCGAGAGGCCCCACGCCCAUGCAGCGCCAUCACCGAGCCGCCAGCGAGAGUACCUCUCAGAGGAAGGAGAACCGAUGGGACAGCACCGACUCCUCCGACGACCAUUCGGAUGCCCGCUCGCAUCGCUCCAGUCUUGAUAUCUGGAUGCGAGAGAGCACUAACCCCAACGGAGGCGCCGCGGCGUCGGAUCUCUUUAGCCUUCCCUUGAGUAAGAAGUCACAAGGGAUUGACAAUGAUGCCGACUACAUCCAAGAGCUGUUUUCGCUGCGGCAAUCCCUCGUUACCAAUACUGCUCCGCCUCCACCGGACAGGCGGUCGAGCCUUCAUGCUCGAACAUCAUCAACGACCUCGUCCGUGCGAAACUCGCCCAGGACUCUGACCCUGACGAGCACGCCAGAACAGCCCGAAUAUUCAGGCCACUCCAGACGGCAAAGCGACAGUGUCCAGAUGAUGGGCGAAGUCCACACCCCCGCCCAGUCUCCGUCCAUUCCUCAGCACCCGCACAGCGAGAAGAGGGCCCAGUAUGCCCCCGUCACCGGACCGCGGACCGCGUUGAACAGACUGUUUCGUCGCUCCUUGGUUCCUUCGUCGCCAUCGAGCGCCCCGUCGAGCGCCACGCAGACCACCUUUGCUGAUGCCACCAAGGCCAACCAGGGCGUGAGCCUGCAGCCUUGGCUGAACAGCGAUACUGCGAGCGAGCUCGACGAUCGUGCAGGAGCUACGCCGCCACCGAUUAUGCUCAAACCCCGGCAUAUGAGACGAAACACUAUUGGUGUCGACGCCGCGCCCACUUUCAUACCCUCGUCGACUAGUGCUCCGGUGCGCCUUUCGGAUCUGGUUGUCAGUGGGCGAGAUUCGCCCAACGCGAGGAAGCAGGCGGUCGAGCCAGCUCCGCCUGCGCAGUCGGUCAUUGGGACCAGGAGAAAGUGGUUGCCCGGCUUCUCAAGGGCCGGCAGCAGCCUGAGAAACAGAGCCAGCUAG